AUGCUACAGUUACCUGACCUACACGCUUCUGACAACACCCAGCUCGUCCUCGGUGCUGCGGCUUGUCUUGGGCUAAUAGGAGUGAUCUCUAAAGCUUACCUUUCUAAAUCCCAGAGUGGUCUUCCACUUCCACCUACCCCUCCAACUUGGAGACUUCGGGGGCACUUCGUACCCCUUAACAACCCAUUUCUCACUGUAGCGGCAUGGAUUGACCAGCACGGUCCUCUAAUCACCAUUCGCUCAGGAUUUUCGAAAACCGUUAUUGUCGGUCGUCACAAUGCCGCUGUGGAAAUCAUGGAGAAGCAGGGCGCCUUUACAGCUGAUCGUCCUCGCUUCGUUGCUGCCGGAGAAAUGCUUUUCGGCGGCCUGUCCAUCAUCUUUACACCCGUUGGAAGCAGGUUGCGUCGGAUGCGUAGAGCACUUCAUUCAAAUCUCCAGCCUAAAGUAGCUGAGGAAUAUCAGCCCCUACAGAUGUCAUAUGCGAAGGAAACCGUCCUCAACAUUCUUAGAGAUCCAUACAACUUCCAGAACCACGCAGCAACCUAUUCUGCGACGACGAUUAAGAGAAUUGCAUAUGGGAAGACCUCGGCAACACUUGCGACCGAUCCAGAAGUCCUGGAGAUUCGCGAGCAUCUCCGUGUGCUUCGUACAACCGCUCGCCCUGGUGCUUACCUGGUGGAAUCAUUCCCGUGGCUCAAACAUGUUCCUGGAUAUGGUCGGGAAUUGAAAAAGGGGUUCCCUAGGGUCUGGAGAAUCUACACCAGUCAGCUGAACCGCGUCAAACAGCAAAUGCAAGACAAUGUGGACGGCGGUCCUUCGUUCGUAAAAUACAUGCUGAAAAACCCUCAAGUCCACGAGUUGUCAGAGACGGAGAUGGCUUUUCUUGCUGGCACCUUUGUUACAGCUGGAACUGAAACGACUAGUAUGGCGAUAUGCACGGUGUUCAUGGCAGCCGCAUGUUUCCCCGAGGAGCAAGCGAAAGUUCACGCCGAGCUUGAUGCGAUCAUAGGAAAGGACCGAGCACCGACCUUUGCUGACUAUCAAACACUACCUCGUCUGCAGGCCUUCGUCUCUGAGGCUUUGAGAUGGAGACCGCUGGCUCCCAGUGGAGUGGCUCACCGCACGACUCAGGAUGUGAUUUGGGGCAACUAUUGUAUUCCAGGUGGAACCACGGUGGUCGCUGAUCAUUGGUCCAUCUCUCGAGACCCCGACGUCUUCCCCGAACCUGAGGCAUUCAAGCCUCAGCGCUGGGUUAACGACCAAGGUCGCACUAGGGACGAUAUGAAAUUCUACCUCUAUGGGUUUGGUCGGCGCGUUUGCCCCGGUCAAGAGGUUGCGAACAGAUCGCUGUUCAUCAACGCGGCCCUGGUCCUUUGGGCUUUCCAGCUGACUCGGGAUCCUACGAAGCCACUGAAUGACAUGGGGUACAUGAACGGGGCGAUGGACAAGAUCCGACCAUGCGCUAUUGAGUUUAAGACGAGGAUUCCCGAGACGGAGCUCAGGCAUAUGAUGCAGAACUAUCCUGAGGCCGCCCGAGACUAG